ACUUUGCCAGAAGAGGGAGAGAGAGAGAAGGCAAAUGUUCCCCCAGCUGUUUCCUGUCUACAGUGUCUGUGUUUUGUAGAUAAAUGUGAGGAUUUUCUCUAAAUCCCUCUUCUGUUUGCUAAACCUCACUGUCACUGCUAAAUUCAGAGCAGAUAGAGCCUGCGCAAUGGAAUAAAGUCCUCAAAAUUGAAAUGUGACAUUGCUCUCAACAUCUCCCAUCUCUCUGGAUUUCUUCUUGCCUCAUUAUUCCUGCUAACCAAUUCAUUUCCAGACUUUGCACUUCACAAGCAAUGGGAAAAGUCAGCAGUCUUCCAACCCAAUUAUUUAAGUGCUGCUUUUGUGAUUCCUUGAAGGUAAAGGUGCACAUCAUGUCAUCCUCCCAUCUCUUCUACCUGGCCCUGUGCUUGCUCACCUUCACCAGCUCCGUCACAGCUGGACCGGAGACACUCUGUGGGUCUGAGCUGGUGUACGCUCUUCAGUUCGUGUGUGGAGACAGGGGCUUUUAUUUCAACAAGCCCACAGGGUAUGGCUCCAACAGUCGGAGGGCAAUUCAGACAGGCAUUGUGGACGAGUGCUGCUUCCGAAGCUGUGAUCUGAGGAGACUGGAGAUGUACUGCGCCCCACUCAAGCCUGCCAAGUCAGCCCGCUCCGUCCGUGCCCAGCGCCACACUGACGUCCCCAAGGCUCAGAAGUAUCAGCCCCCAACUACCAACAAGAAAAAGAAGUCUCAGAGGAGAAGGAAAGGAAGUACAUUUGAAGAACGCAAGUAGAGGGAAUGCGGGAAAUAAGAGCUACCGAAUGUAGGAAGACCUUCCUGGGGAGUGAAGAAUGACAUCCCAUCGGCAGGAUCCUUUGCUCUGCAUGAAUUACCAGUUAAACACCAGAAUACCCACCAAAAUAUAAGUUUGAUAACAUUCCAAAAGAUGGGCAUUCCCCCCAAUGAAAUACACAAGUAAACAUUGAAAACAUUGUCUUUAGGAGUGAUUGUUAAAAGCUUUGCACCUUUCCAAAAAGGUCCUGGAGUUGGUAGAUUGCUGUUGAUCCUUUAUUACUAAUGUUCUAUAGAGAAAAAAUAUAUGUGUGUAUGUAUGUAUCUAUCUAUCGAUAUAUAUAUAUAUAUCUUAGUCCUUGCCUCUCAAGAGCCACAAAUGCAUGGGUGUUGUCUAGAUCCAGUUGCACUAAAUUUGUCUCUGAAUCUUGGCUGCUGGAGCCAUUCAUUCAGCAGUCUUGUCUAAGUGGUUUAUUAACUUUUUUUUAUUUGCACUUCUUUCUAUGCAACACAGGUUGUUUAUUUUACAUUGUCGAUUACCUUGUUUGUCUAUCGCUGCCCACUCUCCUUCAUCCCCGUUAUAUUUGCCCAAAUUUGGCCUCCUCCAUAGCAGCAGCAAGCAGUCAAGUAGCACACCAAUAUUUAACCCACCAGAUUCUAUCUGUGGUACUGGUACAAAAUAUAAAUCAGAUGCAUUUGCUGUAGACACAAAGCUUUAUUUUUCCACAUUUGCUAAAAAGAAAAUGCAAAUAGUUGCAACUUUGAGGCCAAACGUUCUUAGGUGUAUGUGUUAAGUCUAGAAAGUCUCAAACUCUCAACAGUUCCUUCAAAUGAUGAGUUAGUGUGCGACCUAAUUAGUAACUUCUCUUUGAUUUUUUUCCAUAUAGAGCACUAUGUAAAUUUCACAUAUCAACAUUACAGGAUAUAUCAAACAGUAUGUAAAACUCUCUUUUUUUAGUACAAUGGUGCUAUUUUUGUAGUUUGUGAUAUGAAAGACUCUGGCCUAAAUGGUAAAAGGUGAAAGCAAAACAAAAAAAAAAAAGGAUGCCUGGAGCCAAAGACACAGAGGGGAAGGGUCCUAAAACUCCAGUACCCCUGAUUACGCCUUCUAAGAGAAAUUGAAGACACAAAGUCCACUGAUGCAAAUUUGUUUGGCAAGUCCUGAGAGGAGUGGAAAAAGCAGAAGGUUAGGAAUCUAAUAGUCCUGGUUUCUUCUCACCGAUGAAACAAACAUCUGCCGACUCGGCCACGGACUCACCACUUUGUGACCUUGGGCAAGUCACUUCACCUCUGUGUGCCUCAGUUUCCUCAUCUGCAAAAUGGGGCAAUAUGCCAUCUACCUACCUCACAGGGGUGGUAUGAGAAUUAAAAAGAUAAAGCUCCAGAUUAUUAUCCUAAAUUGCUACGAGGGUGGAAGGUCAGAGCCCUUAAGUCACUGGGAUGCAAGGAAUUCUAUAAACAGCUCAUUCAGAGCAUAGCGAGAAAACUGAUUAGCCAAAUGCUCCUGACAUGCCAACUUUUGUCAAUGAAGCUAUCUAAUUAAGUAUCCAACCAGCUAAUUGUUAAAAGUUAGCAAUCAGAUUGAUCUCUUUUAAAACACUUUUCAAAAUAAGUUAGAAACAUUUGAUUAACAACUUGAUUUUAAAUUCUGCAUCUGGGUUCAUAAAUUCAAAGUGAAAAGAGGGAAAUAAAGAGAAAAACAAAAAGAUUUCUACUGGCAAAGGGGCAAUUACUCAAUUUGUUAGCACUCACUGAUUUCUAGGCAAUUUCUAGAAAUCCAGUAAUACUUCUUUUAAUAUUAUGAUACUCCAUUCAUUUUGAACAACCGUUAUUCCAUCUUUAGGCAACCUACAAAAGAUGGCCCAAGAUUUCAACUAUUGAAAUAAUAUCUUAUAAAAAGUCACAGUUACUUUCUUUAAUAAAUUUUGCUCUUAUCCUUGGCUAUAUAUAUAUAUAUAUAUAUUAUUAUUUUAUUGUUGCUGUUGUUAAAAUACCCUUGACUAGAGUUGCUAGUUUAUAGGCCAAAAUUUUCUUCAGAGCUAGAAAUUUUCCCUCAUGUCUUCUUAGAAGAAUGGUCCCUAUGAAUGUGUCUUAUCCAUUCAACUAAAAAUUGGUAUGAAGAAAAUCCAAAGUUGAGGGCAGCCCCAUGGUUGAGGGCAGGCCCAAAAAAUGUUUCUGGCCUCCAUACCAAAAUUUUCUUAUGAGAACAAUGAAUCAUCCACCAUUUGGAUCUUUUAUCGGCCUUAGAAUUUUUGGUGAGAAGCAACCAAGUUUAUUAUUUCAUGCACAUUGUACCCUUCUUAUUCUUGGAAAGUACAUAUGGAAAACAAACAUUACAUGUUUAGUUUUCAUCCCACUGGUACACCUCAAGAUUCAGAGGCCAGAUAUAAAAAAAAUUAAAUUAAAUUGAAAAAGACUUCCUGUAUCUCAGAAUGUAUGCAAAAUGAAGGCCUAUUUAGUGGAUGCCCUGGCUCAGCCAACAAGUAUUUUAACCCUCAGUGUGCAGUGUUAUUGGAGUUGAGCAUCUCUGGUGUACUGAGUGGUGUUCUAACCACUAUGGACAGAUGUGAAAGGAACUACAAGUCUUUUUUGUCCUUCAUCUGUUUUCACACAUAUGGGUUCUGCUGAGUGAGAUGCUCUACUCCUCUUCCCAAGAUGGCACUUCUAAUUUUAUUUCUUGUUCCUAGAAUGCACCUUUUAAAAUCACUGACUCCCAGAGACAUUUUACAUGUAUUCUUCUGCCGACCUAGCUGGAUAGGGUAAUUCUAAGAGUGUCUAUGACUUACUUGAUUGACUUAGCAAUUCUAUUCACAGCCCAGAUGCCCCAAUGAGGAAAGCUUAAAUAGACAAAAAGACAUAAUCUUUCUUAACUUUUUCCAACACAUGUCCUCUCCAACUACAUCAUAAAUCAACGAA